GAAAGUUCAUCAGACAAACCCAACGUUCUCCGCCUUCCUGUCCAGAAUAAAGUAGCAGCUCAACAGUCCGUUAGAAGGAGUUUUUGGAGGCAGGACCGGUUCACUGACCAGCUCUAACACCGGCAGGUCACGGCAGGACAGAGGAAGCAGUCUGGGAGAGAUUGAAUCCAGCAGUCACAAUGGCAGACAGCGGGAAGACUAAUGAGACUGGAGCUGCAGCAGCAGAACCAGCUAAUGAAGACCAGCAGACCGUCGUUUCACGAGUGAGCAACUUGACCUUGGUCAGCUCAGCUUGCGAGGUGGUUUCCAGCGCCUACAGCAGCACCAAAGACAGUGUGCCCUUGCUGAAGGGUGUGAUGGAUGCAGCUGAGAGUGGGGUCCGAACCCUGGGAGCAGCUGCCACCACGGGGUCCAAGCCUCUUUUGGACAUUAUAGAACCAAAGCUUGCUACAGUAAAUGAGUAUGCCUUGAAGGGACUGGAUAAGAUGGAAGAAAAGCUGCCUAUUCUUCACCAACCUGCAGACAAGGUGGUGUCAGACACAGUAGGUAUGGUGUACCAGUCGGUGGCGGGGGCCAAAGAUGCCGUGGUGGAGGCCGUGAGGGGUGGCGUCGAGCUGACCCGGGCAGCAGUCAGCGGAGGUAUCGGCACCGUCAUGGGCACCAGGAUGGGCCAGAUGGUCAGCAGUGGGAUGGGCCUGGCGCUCAGUCGAUCCGAGGACUGGGUUGACCAGAACCUACCCCUCACUGAGAGAGAGCUGGCUGCUCUGGCUGAACCGGCCAACUCUGAGGUGACUACCCUUUCGGCCAGCCCCAGCUACUUUGUCCGUUUGGGGAAACUCUCUGCCAAGGUACAGGAGCGAGCCCUACAGCAGUCCCUGGUCCGUGCACGGCAUGCCAGGGAUGCCACCUAUGCUGCAGUGGCUCAGAUUACCAGCACUCUGGACCUGCUAGAAAAGACUCGAACUGGUCUGGACACAGCAACCAACCAGAUAGGAGGAGCCUCAGAGCAGCUGCAGCAGCGAUGGGCAGAGUGGAAUCAGACGCAGGAAAGAACCAGACAGACCGAGUCGGAGCCGGAUGGGACGAAAGAUGAAUCUGAGGUUGGGACGGAAGUGUUUGGAAAUCAGCUGGAAUGGCGGGCACUCUCCAUGGUGCGUGGUCUGAGCGACCAGCUGCGGUCAGCGUGCUCCAAUGUGGUUUCAAGUGCUCAAGGUCUGCCAGGUACGAUCCAGGAGCAGCUGACCAGCGCACGGCGAUCCGCUGAAGAGCUACACUCCUCUCUGGGGAACACUACCACCAUCACACCCCUCCUUCUGGAGCGAAGCCGUCAGCACCUGAAACAAGUUCAAGAGUCUCUGGAUGGUGUCGUGGAUUAUCUCCUGAACAACACACCUCUCAACUGGCUUGUGGGACCUUUUGCUCCUCAGAAAACUGAGAAGGUGGAAGGAGACACGGCAUUGGAGCACUCUGGUCCAGACAACUAGAUCUGAUGACCUGCUGUGUUUCUCUGAGAUAUUUUACUGUCGGUACAACCAUUUUCACAGAUACUCUAUUUACUUUAUCACAAGGUGCCUUAUCAUUGAUGUUUUAAUGUUUUCUUCAUGCUGCUUUAAACUUGAGCUUUUUACUUACUGACACUGCAUUUAUCACGUAGAAGUCAUAGAUAUUCAAUUCUAACUGAAAAUCUGUGCUCAGGGUUGACCAAAUAUCAGCCUGGUUGAAUACUGCAUCCAAAAUGUGUUAGUAUUAGUAUAAAAUAAAUUCAUUUCAGGAUAGCUUUAGUAUGUCUAGUUAGAUAGUUUGUCAAAUGUAGUUUGCCAAAAAGACCAGGAUGUCCUACUACAUCCAGAUUUUGCAGAAUGCAAGCCAGCAUGCUUUUCUGGCCGUUCUGACCUGCAAUCUUCUGCACAGAAACGUCGCAGUGUCUCAUGUGAGUAUAAAGUUUGAACAGCUGACAGCGCACAAACAGAUGACAGCUCAUUUUGCACGACAGACUGUGCCGGUCAAAGUUUAAAUGCAGCCCAGAUAUUGUUUAUCGGUCUAUUUCACUACUAAUAAUUGGGUAUGGCCCUGAAAAACAGUCGAGCCCCAACCUGUACUCUUGGAGGAAAUGUACAUUUGAGCACUUUAUUAUUUAUGCUGGAAAACAUAAAGGGGUUUUUACAUCUCUUGAAAAUGAACCCAUGUAAUGGUUGACUUUUCUAAGUAAAUAUGUCAAAGUAUUCCCAAAACUAAGCCAAAUUUCUGAUGUCCAUGAACAUAUAAACCAGAACACAGAAGACAUACGAGGAUGCAUAAAGGAUGUAGAGAGUUCAUAGAACAUUUCAUUUGCUUUAAGAUUUAAAUUUCAGUGUUUUUGUGUCUGAACCUGGAUGGGUUCAUGGAAGUGGCCAAAGAAAUGUCAAUAAAGCGAAUAUAUUUCAGACAAA